GUCGUUGUUGCCCCAGUUUUGCUCUUCAUGCUCAUCACCGAAUCCUCCCCAGUUCCACCAUGCGCUUCACAGGAUCAAUCGCGCUCGCGGUGCUCACGGCAGCCUCGGUCUCGGCCUCUCCGGUCUCCCAUGCCCAGUCUUACACGGUGAAGGAGACCCACCCCGUGCCUGCCAAGUGGACUCAGGUUACUCGUGCACCCUCCGACCUUGUUUUGAAGUUCGACAUUGCGUUGAAGCAGAGCAACUUUGAUGAGCUUGAGCGUCACUUGUACGAGGUCUCCGACCCGGAACAUCCGCGCUAUGGCCAGCACUUGACUCAAACGGAAGUCCAUCAGCUUGUUCAGCCCUCGACCGGCGCGUCGAAGGACGUCCACGACUGGUUGGCUUCCCACGACAUCUCCGCCGAUAAGCUCGGCUACUCCCACGCGAAGGACUGGAUCAGCGUUGAGCUGCCCGUCACCACCGCCGAGCGCAUGCUCCAGACCGAGUACCACAUCUACAUGCACGAAGAUGGCACCGUCGUCGUCCGUACGCCGAGCUGGUCCCUCCCUCAACACCUCGUCGACCACAUCGACAUGAUCUCCCCCACCAACUCCUUCUUCCGCCCCGCUACCCGCAGAAAGCCCGUGAAGGUCGUGGAAACUUUCACAAAAGAACACGCCCAUAUUCAGAGUGUCGGUCUCCUUCCUGGUCGGGAUGCCGUUGUUCAGAACUGCAAUGCCACCCUGGUUACCUCGUUGUGUCUCCGUACCCUCUACGGGACCCUCAACUACAAACCCCAGGUGCCUGGCGUUAGCAAGGUUGCCUUGGUCAACUACCUUGGUGAAUCCAACAACCGUAGCGACACUCGCCGGUUCCUUCAGAUAUCCCGUCCCGAAGCGGUCCGGGCAGCAGACACAUUUAAGACGGUGAUCAUCAAAAACGGAACUGACCACCAAGGCCAGGAAGGCCCUGAGGCAUUGGACGCCGGCGCGGACCUUGAGGGAAACCUUGACUCGGAGACGAUCCUCGGCAUCACAUACCCCGUCCCUCUCACCGCCUACAACGUCGGUGGUUCUCCACCAUGGAAGAACGACACCAACACUCCCACCAACACCAAUGAGCCCUACCUCGACUGGUUGCAGUACGUGCUCGCCCAGAAGGAUCUUCCCCAGGUGAUCUCCACCUCCUACGACGACGAUGAACAGACCGUUCCACUCUCGUACGCCAAGAGGGUCUGUAAUACCUUCGCCCAGCUCGGCGCCCGCGGUGUCUCCAUGUUCUUUGCUAGCGGCGACUCCGGAGUCGGCGGUGACGACACCUGCAUUUCGAACGACGGCACACGCAGGAAGACCUUCUUGCCCGAGUUCCCCAGCUCCUGCCCCUAUGGGACCUCCGUCGGAGCCACGAAGAACUUUGCCCCCGAGGUCGUUGCCUACGACGAGAGGAACGGAUUCAGCUCCGGGGGAGGUUUCAGCAACUACUUCAAUCGCCCUGAGUACCAGAAGAACGCAGUCUCCCCUUAUGUUAAGGCCCUCAAGUCCAAGUACAAGGGUCUGUACAACAAGCACGGCCGCGCCUACCCCGACAUCGCCGCUCAAGGUCAGAGCUACCUCACCGUCUGGAACGGCACGGUUGUCCGCUUGGACGGUACCAGUGCUGCUACCCCCGCGGCUGCUGCCAUCUUUGCGCUGGUCAAUGACGCUUUACUUGCGGCUGGCAAGAAGCCUUUGGGUUUCUUGAACCCCUGGCUGUACAAGUCGGGACACAAGGCGUUCAACGACGUUACCAAUGGUACAUCCCUCGGCUGUAACACGGAUGGGUUCCCCGCCGGCAAGGGCUGGGAUGCUGUCACUGGCUGGGGAACCCCCAACUUCCCUGCUAUUAGGAAGGUGUUGGGCGUGUAAGGGUCAGUCGGAUGAUAGAUGGAUAGACCAGAACAUGUAACAAUCAACCUCACCCUCUUCUUCCCCAAUUCCAUAUGGGGAGAACACAAUACCACUAGACGAUCAGUAGGUUCUCUUUAAACAUGCGCAUUAGAUGUAUGGACAAACUCCUCCUGCCACAUUCUGUUAAGACUAUAUGUUUUCUG